CUCCUAAAAGGGGGAGAGAGGAAAAGAAAUUUCCCUCACUUCUCCCGUAGUUAAUUAGCAAAACUCAUCCGCUUUGCAGAGGUUCUCAUAGCUUCAGACUCCCGGAGCUCGAGAGCUGCGGGGUCAACGCCAGUGGCUCGCAGGCCGUCCAAUGGGAGAAGACGUUGGAGGUACCCGGCCAAGUUCAGCUUCCCGAACUGCGGGGAGCUUGGCGGGCUGUCGCUGCAAGCCGGGAGUAGGCCGCAGAGGUCGCGAGUUCAGGCGUCCCGAGUGCCGUGUGGCUGUCGCGAUGUUUUUCUCCCAGGCCGGGGCCCGGCCGCGGACGUGGGAAGCCAGCCAGUCGGAACACAAGAAGUGGGUGGAAGUAUUUAAAGCAUGCGAUGAAGAAAACAAAGGCUAUCUAAGCAGAGAGGACUUUAAAGUUGCUGUUGUAAUGCUGUUUGGAUACAAGCCCUCCAAGAUAGAAGCUGAUUCUGUGAUGUCCUCAGUAGAUCCAAACACUUCCGGGAUAUUACUUAAGGAGUUUUUAGACAUUGUAAGGAAAAAGAAGGAAGCUCAACUAUAUCGGAAUGAAAUAAGACACAUCUUCACAGCUUUUGACAGGCACUAUCAUGGAUAUUUAACUCUGGAAGAUUUCAAGAAAGCAUUUAAGCAGGUGGCUCCCAAGUUAUCGGAAAGGAUUAUUCUCGAGGUAUUCAGUGCCCAAGAAGUCCAGUAGAGCAACAGUCUGUUGCUUCAAUGUGUCCUGAGUUGCAGUCAGAAGAGCACAGAGGUCUUGGAGUCAGGAACUCAAAGGUCUGAAUCUAUCAGUCAGAUCUAACCAAAGUUGUUACUUGUUCUAUUCUUGCUUGCGGGAUCUUAAUUCCCGACCAGGGAUUGAGCCCGGGUUCCAGAGGUGAAAGCACUGAGUCCUAACCACUGGACCACCAGGGAAAUCCCCUACUUGUGCUAUUCUUAAAAAUAUAUACUUUACACAAUUAUACUUCUAAAUUCUGUACUGGCUAAAGCACCUCAUUAAUAGUGUUUUAGGGUUUUAUCAUCACACUGAAGCUUUCUUCUAAUUUGUUUCCAUCUUCCAAACAUAGAAUAUGCUGUGGAAAACUUAAUGAAACUAUAAGUCUUAAAAAGUAAAAAAAAAAAAAAAAAAAAGCAAAAACCCCAAUAAAACGAACAAACAAAAACCCAUUUUAAACAAAUAAUCCUAGAACUGAUUUUUAUAACAUAAAGAAUAUUUAAAUUUAAAUAAUCUUCCUGUUACCUAGAUAAGGGCUGCCUAUCAAUUCAGGAAGUCAGGUUUUGAAUAUCCCUACAUUUUUCAUAACUGUCACUUAUAUCAGUUCUCUAUAGCUCAGUUUUCCCCAACUUGUAAAGCGGGGAUAAUGACGUCUUUUCCCCAGAGGUGGUGUAAGCUUUAGAUAAGGUACCGGGUGCUUUUGGGUGUUGUUUUCCCUCCCGUGAGACAGGGACUGUGACUCCGUUACUUCUGAGCCCCCAUGGUACUCCUGGACUCAGCCAGGGCCUUAGCACAGGAGGUCCUCUCUGUGUCUGAUCACGCCUGGUGCUCCACUAAUGAAGAGCUGUUUGUAGUUUAUAAAGUUUCACAAGGGUUUUGUAGACUCACAGACUCACAAAACAGAUACUCAUCUAGUUAUACCUGGUUUUCAGAUAUUUGCCUGUCUAUCCUGGGGAUAUUUAUGUGUUGGUCUGAAUCUGCCUAAACAUGUAAGAUCGGGGAAGGGGAUAUAAUAUUUCUGAAAGGUGUAGCAAAGGUGUUACUAAGAGUUUGUUCAUCCAUCCAUUUAUUUGUUCCACAAAAUUUACUGAGCAUGACUCUUCCAAAGAUGGGGUCCAGGAAAGCUUCACCAUGUCUCUGAGAGCUGCAAACUUCAAGGAGCAGGACGCAGGGCUUCCCUGGUGGCGCAGUGGUUAAGAAUCCGCCUGCCAAUGCAGGGGACACGGGUUCGAGCCUUGGUCCGGGAAGAUCCCACAUGCCGCGGAGCAACUAAGCCUGUGUGCCACGACUACUGAGCCUGUGCUCCAGAGCCUGCGAGCCACAACUACUGAGCCCGCACGCUACAACUGCUGAAGCCUGUGUGCCUAGAGCCUGUGCUCCGCAACAAGAGAAGCCACCGCAAUGAGAAGCCCGUGCACCGCAACGAAGAGUAGCCCCCGCUCGCCGCAACUAGAGAAAGCCCGCGUGCAGCAAUGAAGACCCAACACAGCCAAAAAUAAAUAAAUAAAUAAUAAAAAAUAAAUUAAUUAUACGAAAAAAAGAAGCGGGACGCUUCCCAUUUGGUAGGAAUUGAUAGGCAGCCCUUAUCUAGGUAACAGGAAGAUUAUUUAAAUUUAAAUAUUGUUUAUAUUAUAUCAUAAAAAUCAGUUCUAGGAUCAUCUGUAACAAUUUUUUUUUUUUUUUUGCAUUUAAAACUCUGAUGGUUGGGCUUCCCUGGUGGCGCAGUGGUUGAGAGUCCGCCUG